AGCGGUGAAAUUAGGGGUCUGUGCACGGUGGUACAUCUAAGCCUGGCUGAAGUCCUAGUAUUCUGGCAGCAUCUCGCCUAUGCAAACAUCCGCUCUCUUUGUGGACUGCGUCCCCGGAACCCUGGGCUCCUGUGGAGUACUAAGUUCCUACGUAUCUACUACCGGCAGGCAGUAAAGGGUUUCGCCGCCCUCGCCAGUCGUUUUAGAAGCCCGGAAAUUUGUGGAAGGGGAAGUCUAGGACGAGACCCGGUCCAGGGGCGUGGCGUGGCAGUGAAUCCCGCCCUCUUCGCACGCCUGGCCCCGCCCACUGGGAGCUUAAGCACGCCCUACAACGGAGACGGACGUGGCCCGUGCGUCUUCGUGUGAGCGUGCGCGCGCCCGAGUGCGCGUGUCUUUGGCGCGGGCUCCCGUGGUCUCGGCGGCCAGCGAUCGGCUUUGAAGAGCAGGAACUGCGGACAGCAAAAGAGGCGUGAUCAGGGGUUCUUAUUGGUGUGGGCCACACCCUCUCAUUUGUCACCAGACCCCGCCUUCAGCAGUCAGGGACUCCAGCCUCACCCUGAAUUCAUUCAUUCUGCGACUAGUGAGUGCAUGGGACGUGAGGGUGAAUCAGAUCCUCUCUGACCUCGGGGAGUUCAGGGCACGGUGGGGAAAUAUGGAUCUAGCCUCCAACCAUGACAGCCUAGGGCUGUCAAGAAGCCAUCAAGACCCUGGGACCCUUUACACAUCGGGAAGGCUUCCCAGAGAAAGUAAGGCCUAAACCGGGCCCUGAAAAAUGGUUAAGAGGUUGCUCCAGGGACACAUUGGCAAAAGAAUUCUUGACAGAAGAACCUGAGACCUGAAAGAAACAGGUGAAUUCUGGUAAUUCCGAGGAGAGGUCAACAGUCUGGGAAGUUGGCACGACAGAGCUGGAUGUGACCCUCAGGAGAGAAUGGUGCUGGACUCGGGGACCCAAGUGUAUGAGCAGGCACCCCCCAGCCCACCUGCCGGUUCCCCAUCUCAGCACCAUAAGCUGAAGCCCUCAAAAGGAAAUGGGCCACCCCUGUACCCCUGGCCUCAGUCCCUGGCUAUGCCCUUGGCUCUGGCGGUUCCCUCAGCACUGCAGCAGCAGACUAUGUGGCAGACCUUCUCAAAGCUGCACUUGGAACAGCAUAACCACAUGAGACGUAGCGAGAGCACCUACAGUGUAAAUAGUACUGGCCGGCGGGGGCGUGGCAAAACCCCACUCGGUCGGGGAUGUGGUCCAGGUGGAGGGACCCUACGCCCUGCAGCCUCCUUACCUCACAUUGCUAAGAUCCGAAAGGAUGCAGGCGGUAGUAGCAACAAGAGCCCCUGUAUGUUGGUGGCCCUGCGACCAACUAACAUGGACCAGGAGCGGGAAAAAUUCUUCCAGUCUCAUUGUACCUACAACCCACAGUUCGAGUAUCAGGAACCGAUGCCAAUGAGUGUGCUGGAGAAGUACCAGGAGGCCUCUGCGCAGUUCAUGCAUCAGGCAGUUGGCAUCAUUGAGGCGGUCCUGGAGAAGUUUGGCACUUAUGAAAACUUUGAGGCUUCCACAGGGGGCCAGCUGCUGACCAAGUGCCAAAUUUGGUCCAUUGUGCGCAAAUACAUGCAGAAGGAGGGUUGUGUGGGCGAGGUUGUGGUGCAGCUGAGUGAAGAUCUGCUGUCCCAGGCAGUGAUGAUGGUGGAGAACAGCCGACACACAUUGGCCAUCAACUUGACUGGAGCCCGGCAGUAUUGGUUGGAGGGCAUGCUGCGGCACGAGAUAGGCACCCACUACCUGCGUGGUGUGAAUAAUUCGCGGCAACCAUGGCACAGCACUGAAGGCAGACUGCAGUACGGCCUUCGGCCAGCCAACCCCACUGAGGAGGGCCUGGCCAGCCUGCAUAGUGUGCUGUUCCGAAAGCAACCAUUCCUGUGGCGUGCCGCCCUGCUGUACUACACCAUCCACCAGGCGGCGCACAUGUCCUUCCGCCAGCUCUUUCAGGAUCUGGCACAAUACGUGCAGGACGAGGAUGUACGCUGGGAGUACUGUGUCCGUGCCAAGCGAGGACAGACGGAUACCUCCCAGCCAGGCUGCUUCAGCAAGGAUCAGGUGUACCUGGAUGGCAUUUUGCGCCUCCUGCGGCACCGGCACGCCAUCGAUUUCCAGCUACUGACCUCGCUGGGCAAGGUCUCCUAUGAAGAUGUGGAACAACUGCGGCCCCAUGGGGUACUAGAUAAUACCAGAGUACCCCACUUCAUGAAGGACUUGGAACGGUACCGGCAGCAGCUGGAACACAUCAUGACUACCAACCGGCUAGAUGAAGCGGAGCUGGGCCGCCUGCUGCCAGACUGAUGUUGGUUAAGGGUUAUAGACAGAAGCUCUUGACAGAGAUCUCAGAUCAGAAUAUGAAGUUCUUUAUGGUUCCAUAGCCUAGGUGUUUCUUGGGGGGCAUUUGGGAGGCCAGGAGCAUCUUGGGAAGAUGAGAAAUGACGUCAGAAGGGUUUUGUCCUUGCUAGCCUUCCUGGGGCCUGUGAACUAGCAGCAGCAUGUCACAUAAACCCCUGAACAGGGGAGAUGGGGGGAUAGGAUGGGAGCUGAGUGUGAAUAGAGAUGUGGGUUGGUUUGGGAAUAGAAACUUGUUCGUGCAUGAGAUGGCUCUGGGUGUCUGGUACCACUCUUUCCCUUCCACCUAGCCUAUUGGUGCUCCUUCUACAUUCAUACUGUCUACCUCUCACUGGGGCCGGUGGGAGUUGGGAUCCCCUCUGAGGGGUUCUGGCUUGCCUGAGUAUGGGGUUCUGUCUGUCACUCAGGCUCAAAGACCCAGCUGGGCUGGGCUUUGCCUUUCAGCAUUUUGUCUGUCUCAUGCAUUGUUCUGUGUUUGCCUCCAUGGGGCUGGGAGGCAGCAGCUCCUAGUAGUUCCAUGCAGGGGCAGGAUACUUUGGAGAGGUACCAUUUGUUCCUAGACCCCUUUCUUAUCACACACACAGACACACUGUGUCUGUAUCUUAUGAGUCUAGCACCAGGCCCCACCCUUAGUCCCCACCUUAGUCUUGGUUGUGCCUGUCUGCGACCGCAGCCUCACAGCUGGUCUCUGGCAGUGGUAAGUACAGGCAGGAGCAACCACAAUCAAACCCACAGGGCAGGCCCUAGGGUUUGUUAACCCACACUAGCUUAGUACACAGCUGGUUAAGGCUUUUGAUUUCACUACAGCCGUGUGAGAUUGAGCCAGUACUGUCCCAGUCCUGGCUUUUUUAUUUAAUUUUUUUCCAUCUGUGAAGCUUGGAGACUCAGCUGGGAAGUUCUUAUUCAUUUACUUCGUAGAUAUGUACAGAGCUCCUUGUGUAUGUCUGUGACUGGUUAGACCCCCACACCCCACACUGAGCCUCCCAGUUCAGAGGAAAGCCAGACAAUUAAACAGCGGUUACAAUGAUGUGUGUGGCUUCUGUCUACUCAAGUUUCCUCUCAGGUCCUCCCUUCAAGACUGUGAGCUCCAAGACUUCUCUCCAUAUGUGGAUGGACACCCCCCGACUCCCUUCACUUGCUUGGUGCACCAAGCCUAGUGAUUUCCAUGGAGUAGAAAUGUUGCCCGCUGGGGCUUCCAAAUGGCCCUUGAGGGAAAAAAAAGGGGGUGAGGGAGAGUCAGAUUUAGGGGCCUGAAUCUGAGAUCUCUAGAAAUACAGCUUGGGCUAUUUGGGGAGUGGAAUGCUGUUGAGGGGGUGGGGCUAUUUUCACAAGCCUGCCCAGGUCAGUGGGAUUCAGACCCAUGCCCACCCUCAGUUCUUGAGCAAAGAGUCAGAGUUGUGGAGAGUGAAGUCCAGGCUAACCCUCCCGAGUUUAUU